UCGCAUGUCUAUGGAAACCAGCAUUGUAAACGUCAGAUGUGGAUGUAAACAUAACACGACGCCAUUUAUUUCCGCUGUCCUAUCGUGACAUUGAAUCUGAAUGAGACAACACGAGACUGAUUGCAAUUGGCAACGUUUUCUAUAAUUCACAAGGACCGUGAUAGUUAGAAAUAUGGGUUCAACGACAAAACAAUAUGCAACUUGAGGACAGGGAAUUCAAAAUUAGGCUCAAUGUUGUAAGUGAAUGACAGUACUGAAAAAUUGACUAAUGAAUUGUCUGGCUGGUAUAUUCACAAGUGCUUCUCAGAAUGAACAGUACAAAUUUGAUGCCAAGGAGAUAAGAUUUAAAAUUCACCCAUAAGAAGAAGGCAAUAUGGGGGACAGUGAAGUUGAAAGUGUCAGCUGGGAAGGGUUUGAAGUAGUGGAUGAGCUAACUGGUGAUGAAAAAUCUCAGGCCUCAGACUCAUCUGCUGAAUCUAACAACAAAUCAAGGAGGAGGAGAAGAUCCAGUGAAAGAGAGUUUAGAAAUAGAAAUAGAUUUUCAAGAGUCCCAUCUUACAGGAAUAAUAAUAGAGGAUUCAUAAAUAGAAAUUUUGGAUAUCGAUAUAAUAGAAGAGGUGGAAGAAUAUCAAGAGGUUUUCGAGGUGGUGCUGCUUUUAAUAGGUAUGGAGAGGGUAAUAUUUCUUGGCAAGAAAAACGCAGGAAACAGGAUGAGAGAUGCCGUGAGAAAAACACCUCAAAACAAGACACUUUUACUGGCAGGUAUGGAAAAAGUCAUUCAGGAAGAGGAAAUUUGGAAGAGAAGGAAAUUUCUGCUAAAUGUAAAACCAGAUUAGAAAAGGGGGGAAGAUCUUCAGUGGAAAAGGAAAACACUUCUAAGCCCAAUAAAGAAAUAGCUGAGAAAAGUGAUUCAAGGCAGAAUUCACCUCCUAGGAGAGUUAGGAAAGAUGAUUUUGAAGAAUCAAAUUUUAAAUUUAAAAGAACUUUGGGAAUUCAUCGCUCUCAAGGAACUUACCUGUACAGACAGAUGCAUAAGUUGAUUGAGCACCAGUUUGAAGACUUUACAUCUCCCCCAUUAAGAAAAACUGCUGCAAUAAAGAAGGUUAGCUGUAGUAGCAACUGGAAGAAUUUUAAGCGAGUCAUUAUCCUAAGUGAUGGUCGGAUUGAAUUUGAUAAAGAUAUUAUAGAAAUUAAAUCACAGUGUGAAAUUAAGGUAUUUAACAAACCUCAACUGAUUUUAGAUGAGCUUGUUGACUUUACCAAAGAAAAAGUUGAUUUGAGUAUCCCAGUAGAGACACUAAUGUUAUGCAGCGUUGGUACUUAUGACCUUGUAAGUUUAAAAGAUGUUGAAGCUUGUCAAAAUGUCUCCGAACAUAAACCUUUCAAACAGGUAAGUAUGAAGAAUCCCAGCGAUAAUGACAUUUUGGAAAAAAUUAUUAAAAAGUCCAAAGAGCAGAAGAAAAAAUUGCUGAAGUUACUUGGGUCUGGAUCAGAAGUUUAUUUUACAACAGUUAAUUUUGUAAGCCUUGUGAAAUUUCAUGAAAAACAGUUGAAGUUACAUAAAGAAACUGAUCAUGACCUCACAUUACAGUUUGAUAUCAGUAGCUUGAAAGAAAUGGAAGAUAAAUUAGAGAGAGUAAUAGAGUCCUAUAAUGAAUAUAAUUUGAAAAACAAUCUUCCAACGCUUUCUCUUGAUAUAAAGAAUUAUAUGAAGAUGCCAGAUAAGAAUGAUAAAUCUUAUUCAUCCAGUUGUGAAGUUGGGUUAGAAAUGAAUUCAGAUGUUUCUCUUGAUAUAUCACAUGCUUUUAUUAAAGAUAUAAAGAGAUUUCUCGCUUGGAGGAGUAGAUUCAGUAAAGUAAUUUUUGUUGGUGACUUAAGAUUAGAAUAUAUGAGAAAGGCCUGGCCAGCAGAUGUCCGUUACAACUGUAAAAUUAUAACAGACCCGGAUCUCACUCUUGGUAAUUUGUCUAAUGCAUCAGAUCCUGUAAUGAAGGAAAUUUGUUCAUCCAGAGAUUCAUUAAUUGUCAUCUCUUUAGGAAUAAAAGAUCUUUGCAAGUUAGUGCCCAAUCCAGAAUGCAAGGAUCAUAAAAAACUGGAAGUUUUUGUGCCCGACUUCUCAAGUCCGUGUAAAACAGCAAACAUUGAUAAAAAUAUAAACAUUGAUAGAAAUGUAAAUAAGAUGAUUGAGGUGUCUGUCAAUAUGUGCAAAAUUUUAAAAGUUAUUGAAAGGCUCACUUACAAUUGUACUGUGUUUUUCACUACUAUGUAUGAUUUUGAUCUUUUAUCACAUCAAGAAUAUGUAAUGGAUCUUCAUCAAAAGGAAGUUGAUCACACUAUUGUUACUCCUACAAUUGAAAUGAAGGAUGACAAGUUGAAAGAUGUUCUGAAUGUAAUUCAGUUUUAUAAUAUGCUAUGUCUAUCAAUAUCUGGUCAAAAUUUCUUCAGUUUAAGAAAAGUUCUUUCCUGGAUCCCUGAUAAAAUAGUUGAUGACAAAGGUACUGAGAGAAUCCCACUGUCAUUACUCUAUGAUGGUGUGCACCCAUCUCCAUCGGUGGCAGCAGAAAUGGCCAGACGGUAUAAAAUAUUUGCAGACUGUGCUUUGAAAAUUAAAAGUGAAAAUUUCAGGUCUAUAAGGCCAGAUGGAUUUUUAUCCUUUAUAACUAAAUGCAGUGCAAGAAUCCUCACACGUAAAAUUGAGGAAAGCAAAGAUAUGCAUAAUGUGAAGAAUUUUGAGGAAUGCAAAAGUAAAGACACGCGUGGAGGUGAUGAUCAAACAGUAGAUGGUAGAAGACGUACAUCUGUGUCUGGAGAUCUUCCUGGUUCAUCACACAGCAAGGAAAGAAGGCAUUCUGAACAAGGGUCAUCAGGCACUACCUUCCCAGAAAGUCAAUACAGUUCACACUUGCUAGAUCACAGCUUUUCUGACGUAAGUGAUUUAGAAUCUUGUGAUAGCAGGAAUUUUGAAUCUUAUUCAGGACGAGACAGACAAGGGAAAGAGACUCAGCAUUCAGAAUCAGCUGGUGGACACAAGAGAAGUGAUUUUAAGUCUAGGGAUUAUAAGGAAGCUCAACCAUUUAAUAAAGGACAUAGGCAGCUUUCACCAGUUUUACAUGAAAAGAACUUUCCACGUUCUUUUUCAAUUUCUGGUAGGAGCAAGUCACGGUCUUUAUCGCCAUUACAAAACACGAGAUCUUACAUGAGGUCUGUGUCAUUCCCAACUGCGAUAAGCCGUUCAAGAGUUUAUAAUGUAACAAGUUGUAGCAAAAAUCCAAGACUGUCAAGUAGGAGAAGCUAUUCCAGGUCUCCAUCACCGGGUAAGAAAUUUUAUUCAUCAGCAUCACGAUCUAGGUCACCACCACGACAAAAAAGUCCAGAAACUCUAGCUUUAAUGUCUUUACGAGAUGUUCAUAAUAAAGAGUGUAAAGUUUAUAGGAAGAACCCCAAGGCUCAUCCUGAUCAUGAGAAGGAGUUCAGAAUUUACAGAGACAAGAAAAUGCAAUGCAUUAUUGGUCUUGGGGGUGACCCUAAUUCAUAUGAUGUAACAAAAGACUGGGAAGCAUUCUGGCCAAAUCGUUUAGAACAGCUUUUAGAAUUAAGUUGGAUAAGUAAGAGAGAUAAAUGCCUGAAAGUGCUUAAGCAGUCAAAGUUAUCUAGGAACCGUUCUCCUUUGUUGGGGUUGCAGCAGCGAACAGAGUUCAGUAGAAAGCUGAAUAGGUCAAGAAGUCGGUCAUCUUCCCGUGAAAGUGAAAGGCAAUUAAAGAAUUUUAGUAGGAAAUUAAAGAGGAACAGGUCAGCAAGUCGAUCUUACUCGCCAGAAAGUGAAAUUUUGUCCUGUAAGAAAAAUAGUUUUAUUACAAAACAGAGGAGGAACAGGUCUAGAAGUCGAUCAGUCUCGUGGGAAAGUGAAAGACGUUCAGCUUCAAGGGAAAGGGAGAGACUUUUACAGAAAGAAAGAGAGUACUAUAUUAGGAAGCAGGACAGGAAAAGAUCAAGAAGUAGGUCAUCUUCAGUGGAAAGUAAAGCACAAUCAGAAGAUUGGAAUGAGUUCAUUGCAGAGCAGGAAGAGAAGAGAUCAAGAAGCAGGUCAUCUUCAAGAAAAAGUGAAAGAUUUUCACAAAAGCAAAGAGACUAUGUUACCAUGUCUAAAAGGAAGAGGUCAAGGUCAUCUUCAGAAGAAAGUGAAGGACAAUCAGAUGACAAAGGGGAGUUCAAUGUGAAAGAGAAUAGGGUUAUAUCAAAACUUGGGUCAUCUAAGGAGAGGGAAAUUAUACUGAAGAGACGGGACACUUCCAGUUCAGGCAAGAGAAGUGAUAAUGACCAUUCAUGUGAAGGUGAUAGAAGCAUUACAUUUGGAAAAGACAAAACAGAAAGUUUGCCAGGUUUAUCUUGUUUUUUGGAGAAACAUUUAAGGGAUAAUUCAGGGAGAAAUCAAGAUAGCGUUAAGGUAAACUUAGAUGUAAAGGAAAAUGAAUUAAGCAGAUUGAAAACCAUUUUAAAUGAUGAGCAGAUCCACAAUUUAUUGAAAUUAAGCAAGGAGAUUCCUCUUGAUGUUGUAGGAAAAAGCUCUUUGAGUAGUGCUGUGAAUAAAGAGUUCAUAGUAGGAUCGCAGAGCAUGAAAAGGGGAAGUGGUCAUGAAAUGGCAGGAGAUAGGAUCAUUUUAAAAAUGGAGAACAGUGUCAAGGGCUCAGAACUUAUAUUUCCACCAAAAAUUGAUGCAGCCUCCCUUGAACACCAAAUUUCACAAGUACAUCCUUUGCAAGAGUGCAAGUCAAGUUUGUUAGCAGAAGUUUUAGAAAAAAUUGAGGCUAGAAGUCGUACCAUAAAAAGUGAUAUUGAAACUUCAAAAGCUUCAUCUUCUAGUAGAAGUGGGUUGCCAUCUGCAAAUGAAGAAGAAUCAGCUGAUGAGGUUACAUCAACAACUCCAUCUUUUGGAACUGGCAUGCAAGAAGAUAUUAUGGAGGUUCUUGAGAUAUUGGUAAGGCUAGGAGAUCGACUGAAUGUUUUAAAGAUGCCGCUAAAAGUACUUUAUGACAAGGCAUUACUUUACAAGUCAGUUGGCACAGAGGCCUCAAAGUUACUGAAUGAUAAGGAUGCCAAAACGUUGCUACACUUAAUUAGUAGUAAAUUGAGCAAACUGAUGGAAGAGGAGAACAUGACUAUUGUUCAGCGCGUAAUAAUUCAGGAAGCUAAUGAGAGGUUAUGUAAUAUUUUAAAAACCUUAGAUCCAGAUUUAGAAAUCUCAUUGAUUGCUGAAAAAUGUUUAGGAAAAAAUGAGGCUGAUACUAUUGCUUAUAUUCAGAGUCAGUUUUUGGAAAAUGGAUUGUAUUCGGGAUCCCAUGAACGGUUAAAAGCAGUUUAUGCUGCUGUCCAAUCUGAGAAAUCAAAGCUUCUUAAUCAAAUUCUGAAGCAAAGUAAUACUUCUUUAAACAGUCCUACUAAUUCCAUUAUGAACACUUUCCAUAUCCAGAGUAAAGAAAUGUCUGCUAAACACGAAAUGUCUUCAUAUUCACCUUUCCAACACAGCUGGUUUUCAGAAGACUCACAAGGAAGUAGAUCAGUGGGAAAUUCAAGUUCAUUACUUGGUGAUAACAUAAAAAAAGAAACAGCAGCAUACUCAAAACUUCCGUCCGAGUAUAAGCUAGAGUUUCCUCCAAAACUACAACUUGAAGACAUUUUACCCAAAAGGCAAGUAAAAAAUUCUUGUGUACAAAAAAAGUGUGAAGAUUUUACAUCUCAAUGGGAGUGUGAGGACAGUCCACCGCAGGGAACAUCUAAGAAAUAUCUGUCAGAAGAUAACAUUGACAAACAGUUUAGAAAAACUCACACUUCACCAAGAUUGGAGUUUGAAGGCCUUAGAAAACAACUGAGAGAUUCUCAUUUUGAAACUGGUUGCGAUAAGUUUUCAUCGCAAAGAGUCAAUAAAGGAAUUCCAUCAAGGGUAUAUCUUGAUUUUUCAGCUGAAAGACAGAGGGAUAGUGGAAGAUCAAAGACUGAUUUUGGUUUCUCAUCUCUUCAGGAAGGUGAUGAAUUUUCCACAAAAAUUGAAUUAGAUUUCCCAUCUAAGAGAGUACUUGAGGAUUCACCUAAAAGAGAAUUUGGGAAAUUUUCAUCAAAGGCAUUGUUGGAGGACAUUCUGUGUGGAAGAGUGCAUGAAGGAUCAUCUUCAAAACAGGAAGAGAAAGGUUUCCUUUCUGACAUGCAGUUUGAAGAAUCUCAUUCAAGAUCAUUCAGAGAUAUUCCUGACCCUCCAAAUAUUUCUAGAUUGCAAAAUCUCAGAUUUAGUCAUGAAGACUCUUCUGCAAGUUUGUCUAGAGGUGCUUCUAAGAGUGAAAAUAGACAGGAUGUCACUUCAUCCCAGGUUUGUUCUGAAAAGAUUAGUGGCUCAUUAAAUGGCUCCCCACUAACAAGAAACUUUAGUCCAUUGUUGCCCCCUUUUAACAGAAUUCCUGAUAUUGAUACUGAAAGUAGUUCUAAACUUUUUCUUUUAAUAUCGACCCGGAGAGAUCUGCGGAUACAAAGAAAGACAAAAAAAGUUCCAAAACCUUUUCAGGUUCUUUGCAGAAAAAUCCAAUUAGGCAGAUAAUUCCUAAACAAGAAAACCAAGGAGCCAAUUUAAAUAUCUUUAGUAACUUUGUGGAUGAUAGCAGUUGGUGAUCUCUUUAUCCUUUUCAUGUGUGUGAGUGUGUAUUAUUCAUGGUAAGUAGUACCACCUGACAAUAUUUUCAACAUUUGUACAUUUAUUAUUGUUUAAUAUUGCUUGUAAGUAUCAUGAGCCACAAAUGUUUCUUACAAUUCUUUGUGCAUAUUUAUUUUUAAUUAUAAGUGAUUAAUAUUAUUUGGAAGUAGUGCCAACUUACACAUGUUUGGUUCAUAUGAGGUAACUAGUGGACUUGAUGUUUACCACAGUAGUAUUUACUGUACAUAUAUGAGUUCUUGAAUGUUUAGUUUUUGUACAUCCAAGAACCAGCAGUAUAUUUAUCACACAUCUCAAGGACUGGAUUUCUGUACAGUUAAAGCUUAUUAUGUAUAGUAUUAAACCCGAAGGAAAGUUGGAAAGUAAUUACAGUUGCUGGGAUAAUUCUAUAUCAGAGUACAAAUUUUAAAAUACAAUUGACAUUUCUUAAAUGCAAUAUAUUUUACUUACACCAUACUAACCUGAAUAGCGUGGUGUUACACAAGAAGGUGAGAGAUGUCUCGAGUCAUCUUUGCUAUGUACUGUGUUGAUAGGAGCCCCCUUGUUUUAUCACUGGUAGGGAAAGAAUGCCAGAAUGACUUGGGGAUGGCAGUGUCAGCAAAGGAAAUUACUCCUGUUAAAGUAAUAGGCUUGUUUUUAUUUACAUUUGCUUAUUUUACUCAUGAUGAGUUAUUCAUCAUCAUUAUCAUCAUCAUCCUAGUUUAUUUUUGAUCCAUGCAGCAGGUUCCAUCUAUCUGUCCAUUAAAGCUUCUACUAGUGUUCUGGAAUAAUUUUUCCUUCUGUGUCACAGUGUAUUUUGUAUGAUAUAAUAAAUUUCUUCUUGAUUGGAUCUGAAAAAGGAUUUUGCAUCUUUUUGGCUCUUGAGUCAACAUGAAUAACUUUUUAUGGAUCUUAGGUUCAUUAAUCUGUUUUCAUGCUCUUACAUAUAUUUAUGCUUUGGGUGACACUCAUUUUGGAUUUAAUAAUUAACAAGACUGCAUUGUUAAUCACACCCAAUAACUUCAAUAAACUGUGUAGCAGACCAGUAUAGAAACUGUUUCAGUGUUGUAGUCUUGUGAUUAGAUAAGGCAGUCCUCAGUUAUUGGUGGAGGUUCUGUUCUGACGGCUUGAUGAUAAGUGAAAAACGCAGAUAACCAAAAAUCGGAGAUUUUCAGCACUUAUUGGUUCAGAUAACCAAUUAAUGGGUCCUUGAUUAGCUGUGUAUCGGCACCAAUACACUAAUAU